GGCCUUGUUGACAGUGACUGCCGCCACAGCGCAGGCCAACCGCUCCUCCGUCACGCGCCUCCCUCGUCACGCAGCUCCCAGCUCCCCUGCUCGCGGGCGGCAGACGUCAUACGACGCUCCAGACGGCCCCGCCCCCUUGGCCCGCCAACUGGACGGCGGACUACGGUGAUGGAUAGGCCAAUGAGAUAUGCAAAUGAUCUUCUUACCUCAUUGGUUGGAGGCCUAGGACCACAGAUGACCUCAGAGAGCUGGCCCUUUAAGAGUGCCCCUUGGGCUCUGUGCCCACAGCCCCCUUGUUUGAGCACAGAGGCACCAGGCCCUGCUCCAUGGAGCCUCCAGUCUCUGGGGAAGCUGUGCCUGCCUGGCUCUGGCACUGACCACAUCGUCUCUGCCAUCCCUGAAGUGCGCCCCUCCCAGCCCAGCCCCAGCAUGGCGCUUCCCCCUAGCCCUCUGGCCAUGGAAUAUGUCAAUGACUUUGACUUGAUGAAGUUUGAGGUAAAGCGGGAGCCCUCCGAGGGGCGAUCUGGCCCCCCAACGGCCUCGCUGGGCUCCACACCUUACAGCUCAGUGCCUCCUUCACCCACCUUCAGUGAACCAGGCAUGGUGGGGGCGACCGAGGGUCCCCGGCCAGGCCUGGAGGAGCUGUACUGGCUGGCCACCCUGCAACAGCAGCUGGGUGCUGGGGAGGCGCUGGGGCUGAGUCCUGAAGAGGCCGUGGAGCUGCUGCAGGGUCAGGGCCCAGUACCUGCUGAGGGGCCCCACAGCUACUACCCAGGGAGCCCGGAGGAGACAGGUGUCCAGCACGCCCAGUACAAGGCGCGCUGUGACCGGCUGACCGCGAGCGGCCCCGGCUCCGGGGACCACGCCCCCCUCUUCCUCUGAGCCCCUCCGUGCGCCGGGUGCCGUAGUAGGUGGGGGUUGAGUGGCUGAGGGGCACCGUCCAGGAGGCAGCUGGAUCGUUACCAGAGCGCCGUCUGGUCCCAACCACUCCCUGUGUGACCACACAAGUAUC